AUGGAAAUCAUUGCUAAGGUUCCUCAACUUCCCACUUCAAUCGUGUGCAUUACGGGGACAUUUGUUGUUCGCAGGGCGUUUGAAAGUGUUGUGCUCAUUUCACCUCUCUGUACUUCGAUGUUUGCUUCUGAUUCCUUAGUUGCCAAUGGCAAAUGGGCUGCUACUUUCUUCUGUACUGCCAAUUACAACACCUCUUUCAAGUUCCCAAUAGAAAAACACAAACACCCCUUAAUCAAUUGCAUUAUGCAUAAAAGCCCAGAUAAAUGUAAGUUUGAAUAUAUUGUCAAGUCCAAAGAAAGAAAAGAGAAAGGAGGCAGUUCCAUUGCAAUGCAAUCUCACUCAAGCUCACAUAAGCUUCACUUGUUAAGACUUUCAAUGUUCUGUUACAAUCAAAGAACCAGGGAGAGUUCUAAAACUGUGUCGUGUUGGGAAAGUUCUGGUUUAAAAACUGUCAUGCAAUACUAUAUGUUCAAGAAUCAACUGCAGGAACUUGCACAAAGAAGCUGUUUUAACCUCCCUUCUUAUGCCUGCAUCAGAGAAGGACCUGAUCAUGCACCAAGAUUUAAAGCGUCUGUGAGCUUCAAUGGUGAGAUCUUUGAAAGCCCAAGCUACUGCCAUACAUUGAGACAGGCUGAGCACUCUGCUGCAGAGGUAGCUCUCAAUAUCCUGUCUGCAAGAGGUCCUUCACGGUCUCUCACUGCAAGAGUUCUUGAUGAGACUGGAAUUUACAAGAACCUCCUUCAGGAAACUGCUCAUCGAGCUGGGCUUAACCUGCCUGUUUACACCACUGUAAGAUCAGGUCCUGGUCAUGUCCCAAUCUUCACUUGCACUGUGGAACUUGCCGGUAUGAAUUUCAAGGGUGACCCAGCCAAAACAAAGAAGCAAGCUGAGAAGAAUGCUGCAAUUGCAGCUUGGUCUGCCUUGAAAAGAAUGCCAAACUUGGAUUUAUUGACAAAUAAAGAGGCCGACAAUCGUGAGGAUCAAGAUCAGACAGUUGUUUCAAGUGCCCUCUCAAGCUUCAAGCCAAAAGUUGAGAGCAAAAAAUUUAGGAGGAGGGAUUAUAACCAAGCAAAAAGAAGAGUGGUCAGGAUUAACAGAGACAUUGGCUCUCCGUCUUCUUCCACCUCUGGUAACUCUGUACUUCAUCAACAGUGGAAGCUUGUGGAUCUCUUAAUGGAUUCUGCCUUGGAUGGUUCAACACAAAAACGAAACAGCAUUGUAUCUCUCCUUCCCCCACCCCCACCUAGAACAGCUUCAAAGAUCUUACAACCAACUUCAUCUAGAGACACUCCAUCUAACUAUUCAUCUAAUAGACCCAUUCCAAUACAAAUUAGGGGCAAAUCAGAAGUGAAACUGCCUCCUUUACUGGAAGAACAUUUGAAGGAUGAGGAAGAAUGGCAUGGUGUCAAACAAGAUGUCAUCAACAAGUCCAAUGAAAAGGAAGGUUCAAGUUCUAGCUAUUUAGUUUCAAAUAGUAAUGUCUAUGGGGCAAGUACUAGUAGUACUUCUAUAUACAGGCCAGUUCCAAUAUCCAGUAUUGGGAGACUCGAUACUUGCAUGCUUGACAGCGCGAGAAGAACUGAAGCAAGCCAGGUUAUCAGCAGGCUUUUUGGGUCUCCAAAUCCAUCUCAAAUGACACCAACUUCUGUCAAGGCGCCUACAAUGGCCCGGAACAUGUACACUGGAGGGUUUAGCGCAAAUAGGAUUGCCCCAGCAGUUAAAAUCAGAUCAGUGAUCCCAGUUUGUGCAGCUCCACCACCACUUAACAGGCCCCAGGAAAUAACCCCAUCACAACUGAAAGAACCCUCAGCAACAAUCCUAAAUACUGCUGCUUCUCCUUCUAGUUCAAUGUCCAUGCAAACAGGAUCAGCUGAGGUCUCAUCAACCAGCUUAGUACUGUUCAACAAGUCACAGCCAAACUCAGACCAACUCAGUUCUGAGUUGGUAAAUCUAAAAUUACUGAAGUAAAGCAAUGAGAUAAUCUUUCUAAUAUCAAGUUACUAAAGCAAUUGUUAGCAUUUAUUGCAUGUUUUUAUCUCUUGGGUUGUCCGCUGAAUAUGUUUUUUGGCCUUCGUAAAACCAUGGGUUUUUUUCCCUUUCUUCUUGUUGCUUCAUGGAUUCUCUUUUGUCCGCAAGAUC